UCCGCCAGAUCAGAUCCGUUCCUUCGUUCGUCAGUAGCUUUUUCUGUUCAUGCGACAAGCGAAGCUAAUGAGCGGCCAUUGGUUAAUCGGAAACAGGAAACAGCAGUAGCGAAAGUUGAGUAAAAUUGCUUAAAUAAAUAAUCGUAACUGUGAUAACACCAAAGAGAGAGAGAGAGGAGAGAAAGACGAGCAGGCCAAAACAGUUGCGUAAUUGCCACGUCCAGUGAUUUUUUGAGAGAGUGAAAGAGAGUAAUAAAUGUCAACGUGGCAACAAGAAAAGUAAUCACAACUAUUUGCUAAACUCAAGCAGCCAGCUAACCGGCGCACAAAAUGGCCAACACAAUGUGGCAGGCAACAAGAAAAGCAGUUACCAGAGUGGAGAUGGCAUCAGGAGCGGCAUCAACUGUGGAAGCAACACCCAGCAAAGUACAGAGGAGCAGACGACGAGGACCGGCGCUCUCAAGUUCAAGGCGGUCAUCGUUAAUCACAUGUUUUAUAUCCUGCCACACGUUCAGCUUGUUCUGGCUGCCCCUCCUCCUUCUCCUCUUGGCCAGCCUCGGUUGCCUCGGAGUUCAGGCUGCUGGCGGCAAGUUGACCACUCGCAGCAACAAAACAACAUCGCCAGGAGCGGUGGCAACAGGAGCAGGGGCAGCAGCAACAACAGGAGGUGCCUUGCCAGGACAAGGAGGAGCAACCGGAGUUGCUUCCUCGGCGGCAGGAGCGGCAACGGGAACACCCAUUUGGGAUCAUGCCAUCGAUUUAAAUGAGGAUUUUCGCAUACUAUGGCAAAUCAUUAAUCAGGAUAUAACAUUUGAAAUACAGGCACGUACCCUGGGCUACGUCGGCUUCGGUUUCUCGCCCGAUGGCAAUCUGGCUGGUGCCGAUAUGGCCAUCGGUUGGGUGGACAAGGGUCAAACCUAUUUUCAGGAUCGACACGUCACACGGAAUGGAGACCCCGAGCCGGUGGUGGAUCCUUCGCAGGAUUAUAUGCUGAUGCUGGGCUACGAGAAUGCCACGCACACGGUCCUUCGCUUCCGCCGCAAACUGGACACAUGCGACGCCAGUCACGACAUUGCCAUAACGAACGAUACGAUGCGCCUGCUGUACAUGUACCACGCCCAGGAUCCGCCGCAUGGUUCUGUGCGCCCGGGCACCCUUCCGGAUCCGGAACGCGCCUUCCGACCCUACCGUCCCAUGGUCAUGAUGCAGCGCGCCCAGCUGCCAAUGCCCUCGCCCACGCACGAUGAACGCGUGCGAGUCCUGGAGCUGCGCAAUGAGGAUGUGGAGCUUCCUGCCGGUGAUUUGCCGCUCUUCUGGUGCAAGAUGUUCAAAUUGGAGGAUAUCAAUCGCAAGCAUCACCUGAUACGGUACGAACCGAUUUAUGAUUCAUCGUCCAGCGUGCACUACUUGCAGCACAUAACGUUGCACGAGUGCCAGGGUGCCCACGCCGAGCUGGAGGAGAUGGCACGCGAACAGGGCCGCCAGUGCCUGGGAGCCCGAUCCAUACCGCUGGCAUGCAACGCCAUCGUCGCCUCCUGGUCGCGCGGCAGCGAGGGCUUUACGUAUCCACACGAGGCCGGCUAUCCUAUUGAGUCGCGACAGGCCAAAUAUUAUUUAAUGGAGACCCAUUACAACAAUUUGAAGCCGGACUUUGCCCAAUUGCAUGCCAGACAAAUGGCGGAUAAUUCGGGUUUGAAAAUCUACUUUACGCACGUCCUGCGACCCAACGAUGCCGGCAUAUUGUCAAUUGGAAUGGACCCCAAUUGGAGGCACAUCAUCCCACCGGGACAGCGAAGGGUCGUGUCCGAGGGACAGUGCAUCGAGGAUUGCACGGCACAUGCCUUCCCUCCGCAGGGCAUCAACAUUUUCGCGGUCAUGAUGCGCACCCAUCAGAUCGGCAAGGAGGUUAAGCUACGACAGAUACGACAAACCGAGGAGCUGCCGCCAAUUGCACACGACAGCAAUAUAGACGUGGCCUAUCAGGACUUUCGACGUUUGCCACAAUCGGUGCACUCGCUGCCCGGGGAUAGACUCAUCGCCGAAUGCAUUUAUGACAGUUCGUCACGAAAGGCAAUUACCCUGGGUGGACUCACCAUGAAGGAGGAAAGCUGCACCGUGCUGACACUCUACUAUCCGCGCCAGAAGAAGCUGACAACGUGUCACUCACUGCCGAGUCUGCCCACAGUGUUGCAUUCGCUCGGCAUUGAGCAGCUGGCAACCGACUCGAACCCGGUGCUUAUAUCAUCGCCACCGGAAUUGGCCGGAAUGACACUGGAGGCACGUCUGAUAUCCUACGAUUGGGAGAAUCAAUUUGGUGAAUUCCAAGAGGCCACGCGGAAGGGCAGCUUCAAGCCCAUCUGCUGGGGAGCCAAGAAUCAUGUGGUGCCGGGCUCCGAGUUCCUCGAGGGCUACAGCAUAAAUGUGACCAAGACGUACAAGAAGCAUCGGCGCUGCAAGCCCAAGCGCCUCUUUGUCCCGCCCACCGAGCGUACCGCUCCGCCGCCGGCCUCCGAUCUCAGCGAGCUGCCGGUGCUCCAUGAGCUGGACAACAACAAUAUCAUCGAGGGAGCGGCGCGGAGCAGUCGCAGCUCGGCGACCGAUGUCCAUGGUGGAUUGAGUCGGAGCACCGGGCGCCAACAGCAGUUCAUUAGCUGCCUGCUCUGGCUGGGCGCCUCAUCCUGGUGGCUCCUGCUGAUGCUCAGGACGUGAGGGGACUAGGAAGUGCAAAAAGGGGAUCCGAACCGGACAGCAGCAGCAGCAGCACAGGCACCACCGUCUCAAUAAACUAAAAAAUUAAAACUAACCAUAAACCUUAAACCGUAAACUGUAAACCGUAAACCUUAAACCGUAAAGCAACAGAUGGAGGAGAAACAGAUUAUAACAAAAUAAUGAAAUACUGGAUACAUAGCGAACUUGCAACUCAACUACAGCUCUCUCUAACUAUAAAGGACAUCUCUUAAUCCUACUACAGAUACAAAAUAGAAGCGGAAGGAAGGACGAAGGACGAGCGGCAAAAGCGGAAACGGAAGCGGAGAACGUGAAACAUGAAAUAUUCAUAAUAAGCUAGCGUAUAACAGCUUUCCCCCCCGAAUCCCCCUUAGUGACCUCCCCCCCAGGAAAAACCUGCUGUUCCCCCUUAUUUAAGCUCUCCCCCCGCCCCUAACAUCACCACU